AUGACGGAGGGCCGUCGAUGUCAAGUACAUCUUCUUGAUGACAGGAAGUUGGAACUCCUAGUACAGCCCAAGCUUUUGGCCAAGGAGCUGCUUGACCUCGUGGCAUCUCAUUUCAAUCUGAAGGAAAAGGAAUACUUUGGAAUAGCCUUCACAGAUGAGACGGGACACUUAAACUGGCUCCAGCUAGAUCGAAGAGUCUUAGAACACGACUUUCCUAAAAAGUCAGGACCAGUGGUUUUAUACUUCUGUGUCAGGUUCUACAUAGAGAGCAUUUCAUAUCUAAAAGAUAAUGCCACCAUUGAGCUCUUCUUUCUGAAUGCUAAGUCCUGUAUCUACAAGGAGCUGAUUGAUGUGGACAGCGAGGUGGUGUUUGAAUUAGCCUCCUACAUUUUACAGGAGGCGAAGGGAGAUUUUUCUAGCAAUGAAGUGGUGAGGAGUGACUUGAAGAAGCUGCCGGCGCUUCCCACCCAAGCCCUGAAGGAGCACCCUUCCCUGGCCUACUGUGAGGACCGAGUGAUUGAGCACUACAAGAAACUGAAUGGCCAGACCAGAGGUCAAGCAAUUGUGAACUACAUGAGUAUCGUGGAGUCUCUCCCAACCUAUGGGGUUCACUAUUAUGCAGUGAAGGACAAACAGGGGAUCCCGUGGUGGCUGGGACUGAGCUACAAAGGAAUCUUCCAGUAUGACUACCACGACAAAGUGAAGCCACGGAAGAUAUUCCAGUGGAGGCAGUUGGAAAACCUGUAUUUCAGAGAAAAGAAGUUUUCGGUUGAAGUUCAUGACCCACGCAGGGCUUCUGUGACGAGGAGGACGUUUGGGCACAGUGGCAUUGCGGUGCAUACGUGGUACGCGUGCCCAGCAUUAAUCAAGUCCAUUUGGGCUAUGGCUAUUAGCCAGCACCAGUUCUACCUGGACAGGAAGCAGAGUAAGUCUAAAAUCCAUGCCGCACGAAGUCUGAGUGAGAUCGCUAUCGACUUGACCGAGACGGGCACACUGAAGACCUCCAAGCUGGCCAACAUGGGGAGCAAAGGGAAGAUCAUCAGCGGCAGCAGCGGGAGCCUCCUGUCCUCAGGUUCUCAGGAAUCGGAUAGCUCUCAGUCCGCCAAGAAAGACAUGCUGGCUGCCUUGAAGUCCCGGCAGGAAGCACUGGAGGAAACGCUGCGCCAGCGGCUGGAGGAGCUCAAGAAACUCUGCCUGCGAGAAGCCGAGCUGACAGGCAAACUGCCUGUUGAAUAUCCUCUGGACCCGGGGGAGGAACCACCCAUUGUUCGAAGAAGAAUUGGGACCGCCUUUAAGCUGGAUGAACAGAAAAUCCUGCCCAAGGGAGAGGAAGCCGAGCUGGAACGCCUGGAACGAGAGUUUGCCAUUCAAUCCCAGAUUACAGAGGCUGCCCGCCGCCUCGCCAGUGACCCCAACGUCAGCAAAAAGCUGAAGAAACAAAGGAAAACCUCCUAUCUGAAUGCCCUGAAAAAGCUGCAAGAGAUUGAGAAUGCCAUCAACGAGAACCGCAUCAAGUCUGGGAAGAAACCCACCCAGAGGGCCUCGCUCAUCAUUGAUGAUGGAAAUAUUGGCAGUGAAGACAGUUCCCUCUCCGAUGCCCUUGUUCUGGAGGAUGAGGACUCUCAGGUCUCCAGCACACUGUCCCCCUUACAGUCUCCUCACAAGGGACUUCCUCCUCGGCCACCAUCAUCGCAUAACAGGCCCCCUCCUCCCCAGUCCCUGGAGGGACUGAGGCAGAUGCACUAUCACCGCAACGACUAUGACAAGUCACCCUUAAAGCCCAAAAUGUGGAGUGAGUCCUCGUUAGAUGAGCCGUAUGAGAAAGUCAAGAAACGGUCCUCCCACAGUCAUUCCAGCAGCCACAAGCGUUUCCCCAGCACAGGGAGCUGUGCCGAAGCAGGAGGGGGAAGCAGCUCUCUCCAGAACAGCCCCAUCCGCAGUCUCCCUCACUGGAACUCGCAGUCCAGCAUGCCGUCCACACCAGACCUGCGUGUACGGAGUCCCCACUACGUUCAUUCCACAAGGUCCGUGGACCUCAGCCCCACGCGCCUGCACAGCCUCGCCCUGCACUUUCGGCACCGCAGCUCCAGCCUGGAGUCCCAGGGCAAGCUCCUGGGCUCUGAGAAUGACACAGGGAGCCCCGACUUCUACACCCCGCGGACUCGUAGCAGCAAUGGUUCAGACCCCAUGGACGACUGCUCCUCCUGCACCAGCCACUCAAGCUCGGAGCACUACUACCCAGCGCAGAUGAAUGCCAACUACUCCACCCUGGCAGAGGACUCGCCCUCCAAGGCGCGUGCCAGGCAGCGGCAGAGACAGCGGGCGGCGGGUGCGCUGGGCACAGCGAACUCGGGCAGCAUGCCCAAUCUGGCCGCUAGGGGGGUUGGCGGCGGGAACCCACCUGGUGUCUACCUGCACAGCCAGAGCCAACCCAGCUCGCAGUACCGCAUCAAAGAGUACCCGCUGUACAUCGAGGGGGGCGCCACGCCCGUGGUUGUGCGUAGCCUGGAGAGCGACCAGGAGGGCCACUACAGCGUCAAGGCCCAGUUCAAGACCUCCAAUUCCUACACAGCAGGCGGCCUGUUCCGGGAGAGCUGGAGGGCCAGUGAGGAGGGCGACGCCGGCCGCCUGACGCCAUCUCGCUCGCAGAUCCUGGGAACGCCCUCGCUGGGCCGCGAGUGCACCCACGACAAGGGCACGGGGCGCACCGCGGUGUCCGAUGAGUUGCGCCAGUGGUACCAGCGCUCCACCGCCUCUCACAAGGAGCACAGCCGCCUGUCGCACACCAGCUCCACCUCCUCUGACAGUGGCUCCCAGUACAGCACCUCCUCCCAGAGCACCUUCCUGGCCCACAGCAGAGUCACCAGGAUGCCCCAGAUGUGCAAGGCCACGUCAGCUGCCUUACCUCAAAGCCAGAGAAGCUCAACACCAUCGAGUGAAAUUGGAGCAACGCCCCCAAGCAGUCCCCACCACAUUCUAAGCUGGCAGACUGGACAUUGUUAGAUGGAGAACAUGUCCCUCAGAGCACAGAAGGUUCAUUCUCAAGUGUCUAAUACCAUAGAAGAGGGAAAUGGCAGAUGGAUUUCAGUAGCCUCAUUGGAACAACAAGAAAUGUUAACAACCAAACUGUAAAUUUGGGUCAGGGUAGCUGAGUCAGGGAAUAAGGAAGACCAGACAUGGGCAUGAAUAGAUUUGUGGUUGGAGAUAGGCUGGUGUCUUCUGAUUUGAGAAGGGCUAUAAAUUCCUCUAAGAUUAGACUAAGUUUCCUGUAUGAAUCUGUGUUGACCAUCUCCAUUUUUUCCAUAACAUAAGUGACUCCAUUUUAGUUAGGGUCUACAUUUCCACUUUUUGAUCAAGUCCCUAUUAGGGAGUAUUGAUCACUUGUAUAUUGCUAGGUGUUUCUUCUGCAUGAACUUCAUUCAUUUUGUUUAUUUUUCCUAACCAUGCCACGACUGGAUAUCUUCCUCAGGGUGAGAGAAGCUUUUAGGGUUGAUAGCAACUAAAAGGUCACAUCUGAGUAACUUCUCAUAGUGGAUUAAAGAGGAGGUCGAGGCAGAGAGAUUUUGUCCAGGAUAUAGGUGUUAGAUAUCAGUUUGAAAUACUAGGCAUUAAGGAUAGAAAAUAAACCAGGUACAGGAAUGACCAGCAUCUCUACCACCAUGGGAGAUAUGAGGUUUUAGGUGGCAAAUCCAGCAGCCUAGAAAGUUACCAUGCUUGGCAAUCACCUGGCAGAUACAGGCAAGGGCAUUUUAUAUAUGGACAAGAUCAAGGGAAAAUAGGAGAAGAAGAAAAAAAAAAAACAGAAAAGUAGAAUAGUCUAAUUUUUCCCCUCCUGACUUUUGUAGAGGAAAACAGUGUUGGAAGUAAGCUUUAAGUUCUGCUGGCCUGGCCCAUGUUUGGGAUAGCUGUCUACAUCCAGUGUUGUCUGCUGCUGACUGCAUGGAGAUCAUGAGUUUGAGAUCAUCAGUGGCUUUGCUGGUCCAUUCAGGUGUUGUGACUCUUAAAUAGGGACGGAUGCCUUCACAUUUAGCUGCAUGGGAAUUGGUGAGCAGCACCAGAAAAGGCCUUUCCAACAAGGGAAGAGGGAGUCCUUUAUGUUUAUGUCUUUUUCAGUAGACAUAUUCUCUAGGAGAGCGGUCACCAACUGGUGGUCCAUGGACCACUGGUGAUCCGUGAGGUCCAAAAGGUUGGCAACUGCUGCUGUAGGAAGUAGGUCAUGAGAAGAAUCAGAGGUCAGGCUGUAUUCACUGUAGGCUUUUUUUUUUUUUAACUUUUGAGAGAUGUUUCUGGAAAUAGAGAACAAAGAGCUAGCAAUAUUUUAAUAGAUCCCAUUGGGCAAGGCAAUGAUCAGAGUAUGGGGAAUGAGGCAGCUGUACAGGUCUGCAGGUUAUUCUUUCACAGGGAGCAAACUUAUGUUUUUCAAAAGUUAAGGAAGGACCCUUAGAUUUUCUAGAACAGUGACAGCACCUUGGUCCAGGGAAUUCCCAAGGCUCGCAAAUUUUUGUAAUUGGGUUUUAAUGAUGCCACAUUCAGCCUUUCUGCUAGUCUUGAAGACUGAGGACAAUAUGGACAAUCAGUCUCUGAGGAGCAGAGAAGAGACUCCAUAGAGUUCUUAGAUUGUCUGGCCAGGAAAAUGAGUUCUGAGGUCACUGUGCAAAGCAGUAGGGGCGCCCCAGGGAGGGAUGGUGUUUUCAAGUAAUUUCUUUGCUACAGAAAACGUUUCUACCCAGUGAGAAACAUACAGACCAUGACCAGCUCAUAUUUGUUCACUUGUUUUAACAGUUGUGUUUAGAUUAAUCAAGAAAAUUUCUCAAGAUAUUAAGCAGUUAACCAAAUCUUGUUAUUUUCCUUGCUGACAAAUUGUGUAAUAGAGAUAACCAAACUUAUUUGACUAGGAUAUAAGUUGUAUUUCUGCAUUAUAGUCAAGCUGAUAACUGAAUAUAUGCCUAUUUUAAUUGAACCAGCACACUUAAACUAGCUUUUAUUUACUAAAUAUUUAUCUUAGAUCACAUAAACUUUGAAAAAACAUCUGGGUUAAGUUUCUAUAUUUCUGAGCAUUUAGAAUACUUAAUUUGAUAAGUGCUUAUUUUUCUUCAAGCCAGUUAAAUAGAGCUCAUUUACAAACUAAUUUUGGUAAUGCUACCCAGAAGUAGAAAACAUUACCCAUUUGCAAUAUAUAUACAUACAUAUACAACAGAAAUUUUAAUUUUUUAAUUUUGGCCUUGAGUAAGUAUGAUAACGCAAAAGUCACUAGUUUAUAGAAAAAAACAAAAACAAAAACAGAUGGCCACAAGUCAGAUUUCUGGCAGAAUCUUAAAGAUUCCAUUUCUUUAAUUAAGCAUUGGUCUCUCAGAGCCAAAUUAAUACCUCAAUGCCUGAGCAUGUUCUUGAGGUUGGCAGGUGAUCCAGUGUCAGUCUAGCCUGUGUCAUGACCACCUUAUCCUGGUAUGAGUCUUAGGGUUAGUUGGGAAGCCCUCUAACAGCUUUAAGUGCUCAACUUGUUCCCAUUAGUUUUGCAGCUUUGGCUUCUGAAGUUCCCAUUAACCAUAGAACAAUUACCCCUUGCUUCAUGGGCACAUUGACAGAAACCGACAGUAGCCAAAAGAUGGUACUGCGGACUGACCAAGAGAAAGCCUUAGAUGUGCACCAGAAGCAGCUCCCAAAGUAAAACUGGGCCUGAACCAGCAGACCUCAACCAGUGUGAACUGUGGACUAACCAAGGGCUAGUGCUUGGUGCUCUGUUAGAGCCUCUUAUCAGUCCAGACUAACCCAUUAGGCUUGUAUUGGGAAGCCAAUUAGAUUGAUAACUCAAUGCAAAGAGAGCUGAACUCAGGAUCCAGAGGAGCUUACCUGUGGCCCUUGGGAACUGGGGGAAAAGAGAACUCAAAAGAUUCACAGGGACCGGAGUCUGUGUUUCUCGUCCUUGAAGUUGUAAGAUACCUCCUUUGGGUUCUAGCACUGCCAUCAAACUGUUAAAAGAACAAAAUCCAACUGAGUAAAUUUUUGAAAUCUUUUUGGCUUUAUUCAUUUAAGUCUCAACUUCAUUCCUUGAGGAAUCAAAAGCUGUACUUGUCUUCCAAAUCUGGUCUUUACAAGAAUAGAAAUGCAGCACUCAAAGCAAUUCAGAGCUUACCUAUCCUUUUUACCAAUCCCCAAAACUCCCCUAUUCGUCUCAAAAGGCUUGCAGUUACUGUAAAAGAUGUGGAUUCAGAAAACAGUUUUUUCCAGUGCCUAUGAGAUAUAAAUGUUCUACCUGGUCUUCUCUAGGAGUUCUCAUCUGGGCUGUUUCUUUUAAAGGCAAACUUAGGGGAAGUAAUUCUUAUCAGAAGGAAAAAAAGAAAGAAAAAAAAAAAGAUGGGGAAGGCUAUUUGGAACUUAGGCAAAUAAAUAAUCUUAAGUGUCUUCUCCACAAAUAUUAAUGAAAAGUUUUAGCCAUCUGAGCAUGUAACCUUAAUCUAUUACAACUUCCAGAAACAUGGCUUGGAUCCAACUCUUCUUUGAUAAACUAGUGAGGUAUGCCUCAUUACUCGGGGCAAAGGUGGAGCCAGGACUUGCUAGUUCUCUUUCCAUCUCCCUAUCCACUUCCUGCUCCUGAAACUGUAUUCUUAGGAGGAAACUGACAUCUUCAUGGUGUGAAAGCUGCUUGGCCUUGCAGCUUUCAAACUGUGAACCAGUGACUAUGACUGGAGGAUUCUUAAUUGGGCCACCUGAGUCAUUUAUCCACCCUAGGUGAGGGUAUGGGGUGACACCUGGUGGCGAGCACAUAAAGGCACAGAGGGACUCCACCAGGGCGCCAGCAUCCACACUCACUCCUCCAAAACAGCCAAUGUCCACUAUGGGGUCCAACCACCUUUUGCCACAAAAAAAGUUUCUCAAUUCACACGCACAGUGGCACACAUCUGCUUUCUCAGGGCAAAGAGGAAUUUUGCAGAGAGGAUGUAAUGGAGUCAGGCAUGGACCAUGCAGAUGCUCCAUUUCUUUAGUUAAGAUAUCCAUGGCUAGGACCUAACUAAUUAAGAGACUUUGUUACUUUGCUUCUGAAGCCACAUUUAAACAGCAUUAACUGGGAUUCCUGGCACAAGACUCUCAUUAAGAUGGUAUGCACACAGUAUGCUUAUAGAUGCCUUGGGAUUUCCAGCUUUCCUGGUGUUUUU